AUGAGAAGAGGGGAUCUAGGGGAGGAAGAUCGUAUUUUGGAGAGGCGGGGAACCCCCUCAAACAUUGUUCCCAUACUUCACCUUUCUUUCCCUCUUCUUUCCCUUUUCGUCUAUGUUAUCUGAAGAGACUGUUCAUCCCGUUGUUUUGUCUCUCGUCACUGAUGAGAGCCCGUGAGUUCAAUACUAGCAUUUUGUCUCUCCUGUUUUUGUCCAGAUUUGAACCUCCCAUAGAGGAUCGUAGCAGAAUUACACGACAGGCAAGCACCACCUAUAAAUAAAGGGCUCUUAAAAUGGAAGUUUCAUCCCCUCCAAAAUUAAAAAGGAAACUUUCCAAACUCUUUCCCCCCAUCUCAAUCACAUCUUCAGCACACUGAUAUAUAACUGGACGAAAUACCUUAUUGCUCCCUAACCAAAUACAGCAAAGACCACCUGCUGAGAUACCAACAUUAUGCACCCAUUAAACAGGUCACGCUUAAACUAGGAACGAAUGAAUAUCAGUCAAGUAACAAAAUGGAACUUCAAAAAACAAACGAAUAUGCAACAAGCAAAGGCUGCAGCAUUGAGAUAUAAAUUAAACAAGAAGAAAUUAGAAGACAAAAGGUAUGGUGAGCCACAGAAUCAAAUUUAAAUUAAGAUGGUCAUGA